CCAACUUUAAAGGCCAAUUCAUUCAUUGUUUGUAUGAGGAAAGGAAAUCUAAAGCUUUCUAAACCAACAAAGCAAAAAGAAGAAAAUCUGAAGCAUGGAAGAAGGAAUUGUGAUUGUGGGAGCUGGGAUUGCUGGCCUUGCUACAGCUUUGGCACUUCACAGGAUGGGGAUAAGAAGCUUGGUGCUGGAAUCAGCUGAUAGCUUGAGGUCGAGUGGGUUCGGAUUCAUGGCAUGGCCUAAUGCCUGGAAAGCCUUGGAUGCUCUUGGUAUUGGUGAUACGCUCCGCGGGACACAUAUUCGGCUUCAAGGAAUUGUGGCUGGGUCAAAUGUUACAGGGGAACUGGUUUCUGAGAAGUCAUACAAGAACAAGGAUAGACCAAAUGGAUAUCAUGAAGUGAGAUGCAUGAAGAGGAAAGAGCUUGUGGAGGCACUCUCAGGAGAUCUUCCCAAUGGAACUAUCAGAUUCUCAUCCAAGCUGGUUUCAAUUCAAGAAUCAGGGCAUCUCAAGCUUCUCCAUCUUGCUGAUGGUACCACAAUCAAAGCCAAGAAAUUACAAGUCCAUUUUCAAUUGUGGGAAGGUGUUGAUUGGUUGUGAUGGAGUGAACUCAGUGGUGGCCAAGUGGCUAGGAUUUGGGAAGCCAGCUUAUGCAAGAAGAUCUUCCAUAAGAGGCUAUGCACACUUCGAAUCGGGCCAUGGUUUCGUGCACAAAGGGUUUCAGUUCCAUGGGAAUGGGAUCAGAGUUGGUUACAACCCUUGUGAUGAACAAACUUGUUACUGGUUCUUCACCUGGACUCCCUCUAAUGAAGACAAGGUUAUAGGCAAUGAUCCAGAGAAGGCCAAGGAGUUUGUGCUAAGCACAAUUGGGAAUGUACCAGACCAGUUGCUAGACGUGAUAGCGAAAACCGGGCCAAGAACAUAUGCUUCCCCAAUGAGGUUUAGGUAUCCAUGGGAGCUGCUUUGGGGCAACAUAAGCAAAGACAAUGUCUGCAUUGCAGGGGAUGCUCUGCAUCCCAUGACCUCAGAUGUUGGACAAGGUGCCAACAUGGCUUUGGAAGAUGGUGUCAUUCUUGCUAGACGUCUUGCUGAGGCUCUCCUGCCGAGGAAAGCCGACGAGGAGGGCGAGUUUGAGAGGAUCAGAAGUGGGUUGAGCAAGUUUGGGGAAGAGAGGAGAUGGAGAAGCUUUGUGAUGAUCACAACAGCUUAUGUGAUUGGGUAUAUUCAGCAGAGUAACUGGUGGGUUAUGAAGUUUGUGAAGGACAAGUUUCUUUCUCCUGUGUUGGGGAAGUUGCUUCUGAGUAGGGCUGAUUUUGAUUGUGGGGAACUCAUCAAGAUUUGAGUAGUUCUUGAUGUAAAUUGGAUUGUUUUCAAUGAAAGCUUAGUGCUUUGUGUGGGAAAGUGUUGUACUUGUUGUCUUCUCAAUCAAUGAAUGUGUUCUGUUCAUGUGGAACUGUGUUGAUUCUUCAAAUGUGCUUAUUAACUGG